CCUGGAUCCUAAAACGAAAGAACAUGGAAACUUUCACAGAGGAUAUAUAAAAGAAGAUGAAAAUACAAGGAUGGGAUAUAUCAGUCUAAAACAUAUUGGACAUCAAAUAGAGAUCGGCCAAAACAUCACAUUCAGAGUGAAAUAUAACAAGAAAGGAAAUUAUAAACCAGGCGGAAUGGCCAUAAAUUUUAGACAACAGAUGGGCGAAAGGAACAAUAUCAUUCUGCAUUUCAAUCCACGGUAUCCAUCAUAUGAAAUAGUUUUGAACUCUUUCGUAAAUGGAAGAUGGCAAAAAGAAGUGUCCACUGGUGCCAAUUCGACCGUAUUUUCAGAUGAGUUUACGUUAUCAUUGGACAUCAAAGAUAGUAGAACUGUUUUGGUGAGAGUCCAAGGCGGAAUAUUAACGACUUAUACCUGCCCUCUUGAUAUAACCAGUACUGAAUUCAUAGAGUUUUCUCCUGAAUACAGGAUAACUGAGGAAUUAAAGGCAAAAUUGUAGUUACAAAGAAAGAUCAAGAUGAAAACUUAUAUUAUUGAGUUUUAACGAAACUUUAUACAUAGUUAGUUUUAUUUUCCUGAUUAUGUAUCCCCAGUUUCUGAAAGAAUUCCAUUUUUCUAUUUCCAACAUCUGAUUUGUUUUUAACGAACAUGCAAAAAUUCAAAAAAUUGGAAUAACCACCUCCAGUGGAAAAAGGGAUAUUAGAUUAAGUUAAAUUUUAUUGUUACAAACAAUGAAAUUUUCCUAAUCUUUAUAUAGAAAUUACAAAAAGGUAUUUCUGAUUUUUUUGGUUAUAUUAAGAGUUUUGGGGUUUGGGGGGUUUUGUGCUUUCGUCAAAUAAAAAUAUGCGAAAACUUAAUGUAUAAAAAACUACUUUUGCCUACUAGAGAUACACGUUGCAUGCAUUUAGAGGUCUCCAUAUGAAUACUCAUCCUUAUAUGUGAUCUCAUUGCAUAUGAAAAAAUUUAUGUUUUCUUAUACUAGAGACAUAAAAAAUAAGACAUUUAUCCUAAAUACA